AUGACAACUCAAACUGAUCCAGAGGCUCUUGCGAGGAGCACUGAGCAAACGCCGCUGCUUGCCGACCAGCCACCGCCGGAGAUAAAUGAAGCCGAUGAUGAGCCGGAAGCCGAGCCGACUCCGGAGAAAAGACCGAAGAGCUGGUAUGCUUGGAGGAUAUUCUGGACUGUGCUUGCGAUAGUAGUGCUGGCGGUUUUUAUCAAGGGAUGGAUUGACGCAGAUGAGACUGAGUUUGAUCUUAAGAAAGCCCUCAAGCGGGCUCUUGGCGGAGGACUCAGUGGCGCGGCGGCCAUGGUGCUGCAAGUCCUACUGCUGAUGCGUCCAAAGCCUCUGCGGACGAUUAUGAACUAUCAGUAUCGCCAUGGCACGUCAUUUACAGUUGCCACGCGGACUCUUUACACCGAGGGUGGAAUUCGAAGAUACUACCAAGGAAUCGCACCUGCGCUUUUCCAAGGCCCGAUCGCGAGAUUCGGAGAUACAGCUGCCAACGCUGGUAUUCUCGCCUUGCUCCAGUCAAACCCUUACCUCAAGAAUCUCCCGUCGCCUAUCAAGACCAUUUUUGCAUCUCUAUGUGCCGCUGCGUUCCGCAUGAUCCUCACUCCAAUCGACACUUUGAAGACAACCCUUCAAGCUCAAGGUGCCCGUGGAACAUCCCUUUUGAGACGACGUAUCAAAUCAAACGGAGUCGGUAGCUUGUGGUGGGGAGCUUUCGCUACCGCUGCUGCUACCUUUGUCGGCCACUACCCUUGGUUCGCCACGUACAACUACUUGUCCGAGGUCCUCACUGAGCCUCCCAGGCAUCCUCUAUUCUGGUGGUUGCUACGCCUUGCCUUCAUCGGCUUCUGCGCUUCGAUUGUGUCCGAUUCCAUCUCCAACUCAUUGAGAGUUGUCAAGACCUAUCGACAAGUCAACGACACCAAGGUCUCAUACGCUGAAGCCGCACGCGCUGUAGUAAUUCAAGAUGGUGUCAUCGGCCUCCUUGGACGUGGACUCAAGACUCGUAUCUUGGCCAACGGUCUUCAAGGCAUUCUCUUCUCUAUCCUCUGGAAACUAUUCCUCGAUCUGUGGGAGAAGAAGACCUAA